AUCUCACUUAUUUUCUUUCUCAAUUUUCAGGCAUGGCCGUCUCGUUCAUUGUGUUCCUUGCACCAUUGCCAACAUUUUAUAAUAUUUACAAGAAGAAAUCAACAGAAGGCUAUCAAUCAAUUCCAUAUGUGGUUGCUCUAUGCAGUGCAAUGAUUUUGAUAUACUAUGUACAUCUUAAAGGAGACCUGGUUUACGUUAUCAUAAUAAACGCCAUUGGUGUCUUUAUUGAAACAAUUUACAUUGUUUUCUACAUUUUCUAUGCACCAAAGAAAGCCAAGGUCCAAACUAUAAAGCUACUUCUUUUAUUUGUGGUGGUUGGCUAUGGAGGAGUUUUUCUCGUCGCUCAAUUUCUAUUAAAAGGAGCAAUUCGUACCACAAUUGUUGGAUGGAUAUCUAUUGCGUUUUCAGUAUGUACGUUUGUAGCACCAUUAGGCAUAAUGAGAAAAGUUAUCAAAACAAAGAAUGUGGAAUACAUGCCAUUUCUCCUAUCGCUUUUCCUCACACUAAGUGCUGUUCUGUGGUUCAUCUAUGGUUUUACUAAGAAAAACGUUGUCAUUUAUGCACCAAACAUCUUAGGAUUCACUUUUGGUGUGGUCCAAAUGGUGCUAUAUGUGGUGUACAAAAACAAGAAAGAGAGUAAUGUUACAAAGGAGCAGAAACUUUCAGAGGUACUACAAAAUCAUGUGAUAAUAUUAGAAGAUGGGAAAAAGCUUACUCAAUUAACUCAAGAACAAAUUAUUGACAUUUGGAAGCUUGGUACACUGAUUUAUUCUGAGAAACUUAAUGCAAGUGCAGCUGAAGUUGACAAUAAUAGGCUAAAUAUUCAAACUAAUUAAGACCUAAAUUAAUUAAUCUAAUAUUGGAUAAUUGUCAUUUUCGUAAUUAAUCCUUACGUGUUGUGUUUGUGUACACAAGAGAAUUCUAAUUAGAUCUUCAUGUAAUAAUAAUUCUCUUGUUGUGCCAAUGUACCUAGCUAGAACAAGAAAAUGCUUGUAUGUAUUUUCUUUGUUAUAAAUAAA